CCGCCCAGCUGCAGAGUUGGACGAAGACAGGAUCCUGCUGCUUGGAAGGCUGAGUUCCCCAUCUACCCGAGGAGCUCAGAGAGGUCAGGAAAGAGUACAUGCCGACACAUGGCCCUCUGGCUCUUUGAAGCAGUGUCUCUUCGUGGUCCACGCUGGUGAGGUCCUUUAGAGCACACAGCCCCUGUCAGCAGAUAACCAGCCUACAGGAGGUCAAGUGACAAGUGAGAUUUGGCCUGUGAAGAGUGCUGUCCCAAUUCCGGCACCCGUGUCGAGUGAAUUCUUCACCUCACUUUCUGCUCCAUUAUUAGAAACCAUAUAUGAGGAAUACAUCCAUCUCGUGCUACUUGUGUUUCCUGCUCAACAGUCAUUUCCUAACUGAGGCUGGCAUUCAUGUCUUCAUUUUGGGCUGUGUCAGUGUAGGUCUCCCUAAAACAGAGGCCAACUGGAGGGAUGUACUGAGUGAUCUAGAAUAUAUUGAGUCUCUUAUUAAAUCUGUCCAUAUUGAUGCCACUUUAUACACAGACAGUGACUUCCAUCCCAGUUGCAAAGUUACUGCAAUGAAUUGCUUUCUGCUGGAGUUACGGGUUAUUUUACACGAGUACAGUAACGUGGACCUUAAUGGAACAAUAGAAAACGUGAUGUUACUAGCAAACAGCUCUCUGUCUUCUAACAAGAAUAUAACAGAAUAUGGCUGCAAGGAAUGUGAAGAACUGGAGGAGAAAAGCUUCAAAGAGUUUUUGCAGAGUUUUAAAAGCAUCGUCCAAAUGUUCAUCAACACUUCGUGAUUGUCGCUGAUGCUCUCCAGGGUUUCUGUUAUUACCACGCCGCUGCCUCCUGUGCAGAGGCAGCGCUGCUCUGUGCCUCUGAGAUCCGCUGGGGAAACAAAGCAGCCGAAGCAGCGGCCGAUGAACCCCUUGGAUCAGAUGAACUCCGGGAGACGACCGGAGGAAAGGAACUCUUCUCAGGCGUCUUUUGCUCCUUUUUAAUUUAUUACUGCGCUUGUACAU